UGCGCGCUGCUGCCCGCACAAAGACCCGGAUUUAAAGAGACAGACGCUACAACCGUCGCGGGCAGGCAGCGGCCGGUCGGCUCCUGAUCCCGAGGCCUGCGGCGAGUGCCGGAGCCGGAGAGGCAGCUGUAUGACUUUGGCUUCCAAGAUCUUCCCAUCAGCUCUCCGCGCACUCAGCCAAAAAGAACUGUUCCUGUUCCGAAAACAACAUUGCUGGCGUGACAUCAGACAAUUCAGCCAGUGGUCAGAAACAGAUCUACUUCAUGGGCACAGCAUCCUCCAGAGAAGAAAGCGUGUUCUAUCCUUCCAAGGAAGCAAGCUAAGACCACAUGCCACUUGCCUGAUUUACUUGCCAAGGUUGCAUGUGGGACUGUGCAGUGGCCCCUGUGAGAUGGCUGAGCAACGGUUCUGUGUGGACUAUGCCAAGCGUGGCACAGCUGGGUGCAAAAAAUGCAAAGAAAAGAUAGUGAAGGGUGUAUGCCGAAUUGGCAAAGUGGUCCCCAAUCCCUUCUCAGAGUCUGGGGGUGAUAUGAAAGAAUGGUACCACAUUAAGUGCAUGUUUGAGAAGCUGGAGCGGGCUCGGGCUACCACAAAAAAAAUCGAGGACCUCACAGAGCUGGAAGGCUGGGAAGAACUGGAAGAUAAUGAGAAAGAACAGAUAAGUCAGCAUAUUGCAGAUCUAUUUUCUAAGGCAGCAGGCACACCAAAGAAGAAAGCUGUUGUCCAGGCUAAGUUGACGACCACUGGCCAGGUGACAUCUCCAGCAAAAGGUGCUUCACUUGUCACCAAUACCAAUCCCCGGAAAUUUUCUGGCUUUUCAGCUAAACCCAACAACUCUGGGGAAGCCCACGUAAGUCCUACCCCUAAGACAAGUCUGUCCUCAACUAAAUGUGACCCCAAGCAUAAGGAUUGUUUGCUACGAGAGUUUCGGAAGCUUUGUGCCAUGGUAGCUGAAAAUCCAAGCUACAACACAAAGACCCAGAUCAUUCAAGACUUCCUACAGAAAGGCUCAGCAGGAGAUGGUUUCCAUGGUGACAUGUACCUCACAGUGAAACUGCUGCUGCCAGGUGUUAUUAAGAGUGUUUACAACUUGAAUGAUAAGCAGAUUGUGAAGCUUUUCAGCCGCAUUUUUAACUGCAACUCAGAUGAUAUGGCACGAGACCUAGAGCAGGGUGAUGUGUCAGAGACAGUCCGAGUCUUCUUUGAGCAAAGCAAAUCUUUUCCCCCUGCUGCCAAGAGCCUCCUUACCAUUCAGGAGGUGGAUGAAUUCCUUUUGCGUCUUUCCAAGCUCACCAAGGAAGAUGAGCAGCAACAGGCUCUGCAGGACAUCGCUUCCAGAUGUACAGCCAAUGACCUUAAGUGCAUCAUCAGGUUGAUCAAACAUGAUCUGAAGAUGAACUCAGGUGCAAAACAUGUGUUAGAUGCUCUUGACCCAAAUGCCUAUGAAGCUUUCAAAGCCUCACGCAACUUGCAGGAUGUGGUGGAACGGGUCCUCCGUAAUGAGCAGGAGAAGGAACCAGGCCAGAAACGAAUUCUGAGCAUCCAGGCCUCACUGAUGACCCCUGUGCAGCCCAUGCUGGCUGAGGCCUGCAAAUCCAUUGAAUAUGCUAUGAAGAAAUGUCCCAAUGGCAUGUUCUCUGAGAUCAAGUACGAUGGGGAACGAGUCCAGGUACAUAAGAACAGAGACCACUUCAGUUACUUCAGCCGAAGCCUCAAGCCUGUCCUGCCUCACAAGGUGGCUCACUUUAAGGAUUACAUUCCUGAGGCUUUUCCUGGAGGCCAAAGCAUGAUCUUGGACUCAGAGGUGCUCUUGAUUGACAACAAGACAGGCAAACCACUGCCAUUUGGGACUCUGGGAGUGCAUAAGAAAGCUGCCUUCCAGGAUGCUAAUGUCUGCCUAUUUGUUUUUGAUUGUAUUUACUUCAAUGAUGUCAGCUUAAUGGAUAGGCCUCUGUGUGAGCGGCGAAAGUUUCUUCAUGACAACAUGGUUGAAAUUCCCAAUCGGAUCAUGUUCUCAGAAAUGAAAGAAGUUAAGAAAGCUUCAGAUUUGGCUGACAUGAUAAACCGGGUGAUCCGGGAGGGGUUGGAAGGGCUGGUGCUGAAGGACAAGAAGGGUACAUAUGAGCCUGGAAAGCGACACUGGCUGAAAGUGAAGAAAGACUAUUUGAACGAGGGGGCCAUGGCUGACACAGCUGACUUGGUGGUCCUUGGAGCCUUCUAUGGGCAAGGGAGCAAAGGUGGCAUGAUGUCCAUCUUCCUUAUGGGCUGCUAUGACCCAGGCAGCCAGAAGUGGUGCACAGUAACCAAGUGUUCUGGAGGCCAUGAUGAUGCGACGCUUGCCCGCCUGCAGAAGGAACUGGAGAUGGUGAAGAUCAGCAAGGAUCCCAACAAGAUACCCACCUGGCUGAGAAUCAACAAAAUCUACUAUCCUGACUUCAUUGUUCCAGACCCAAAGAAAGCUGCUGUGUGGGAGAUCACAGGGGCUGAAUUCUCCAGAUCUGAGGCUCACACAGCUGAUGGGAUCUCCAUCCGAUUUCCUCGCUGUACCCGAAUCCGUGAUGACAAGGACUGGAAAUCUGCCACUAACCUCCCUCAACUCAAGGAACUGUACCAGCUCUCCAAGGAGAGGGUAGAUUUCACUGUACUGUCUGGAGAGCAGGAGAGCUCCACGACAGGGGGCAGCAACGGAGAGAAUGAAGGCACCUCAGGGCCUGCUGUGUCUCACAAAGCCCCCGGAUCCUCUCCUAAUAUGAAGAGAACAGGAGGGAAGCUGAGUAGCCCUAAUAGCAAAGUUGGCAACAAGCUGACUACACAGCAGCAGGUUGUAAAGUCUUCUGUGAAAGUGGGAGAGAAGCGGAAGGCGCCUGAUGAGACCCCGUGCCAAACAAAAAAGGUGCUGCUGGACAUCUUCACUGGGGUGCGGCUCUAUCUGCCGCCCUCCACACCAGACUUCAGUCGUCUCAGACGCUACUUUGUGGCAUUCGAUGGGGACCUGGUGCAGGAAUUUGAUGUGGCCUCAGCCACCCAUGUGCUGGGAAGCAGGGAUAAGAGCCCUGGUGCUCAGCAGGUCUCGCCAGAAUGGAUUUGGGCAUGUAUCCGGAAACGGAGACUGGUAGCCCCAUGCUAGGAUCGCUGCCUUCCCUCUCCCUUGGGCAGUCCUCUUCCCACCACACUUGUGGGUGCUGGGCUGGGUUCCAGCUGAGGCAGGCAGGCAGGCGAGUGACAGAACAGGGUAGGGAUGGGCUUUCUCCUGCAGGCAGUACAUCUCCCAAAACUAACCAACCAUGCAUGGGCUCUGCAGACUAGGAGUUCGUUGCUGUGGGUACCACCAGUCAGUCAGUUUCUCUUUCUGGUUUACAAAGAACUUUGAGGUCUGGGUGCUGGAUUUGUCUUUUGUUUUCUUUAAAAAGAAGCUUUUUAUAAGAUAUAGUAACAUCUUUCCCCCCAGCUUUAUCUCCUAUGAUUUGAGUAAAGACUUAAGUAAAAACUGGACAAUUGAAGCUCUGUCCUAAAGCAAUCCUGGUGGAAUCCUUCCUUGUCUUCCAGACCUAUUUUAAAAUUGUAUUUAAAAAGAUGGCCUCCAGAACUACGUUGGGCAAAUCUUGUCUGGCUUUUUUUUUUUUUUUAAUCUGGGAAUGAAGCCUUAUUUGAAAGAAAACAAAAUGAAUUUUUAUGAUAUAUUUCUCUAUGCUCUCCUCAAACAGGGUAUAAGUGGUUUGACGGGAAGGGUCCUGAAUCAGGUUAGAAAACAGGGCCUUUGUGAAGAAAAGUGAGGUAGUCUGUGCUAUGAGGAUUCUGGGUAGGAUCUACCCACCCCCCAAUCAACCCCUGCCAAGUCCAGAAACAAAGACUGCUUUUUAAAGAUAAAAAUAUACCUGAGGACAAAUCUAUACCAAGGCUGAUUUAAUAAAAAGAAAACAAUACAGCAUA